AUGGACCGUACGCUUACCGUCGACGAACGUCUAAUCGCAGCCGUGCGCAACUUCUCAUGCAUCUGGAAAGUAUCCACCGACAUGCGCAGAGACCAGAUAGCCAAGGAGUACGCUUGGCGCGAGAUUGCAGCCGAGGUGGAGUGUUUAUCACUCGACUGCUGUAGAAAACGCUGGAAAAGCUUACGAGACAGAUAUGUGAAAGAAUUGAAGAAACUCAGGAAUAGACGUGAGAAAAGCAGAGACGGGGAGGAAGUGAAAGCGACAUCUUGGUAUUUGUACGAUCAACUGUCGUUCCUAAAUGACUCCGUCCGUCACAGAGCGAGAAGGUAUCUUGACUAUAGCCAGACUAGUUUCAGUACACAGUCUAUGGCACCUGGUCGUGACGAAUCAAGUGUAGAAGAGUCGAGUUGUGGUCAGUUUAAAGCUGAAGAUGCAGCACAUAGUGACAAUGGUACGUAUUCGGAGGAACACAAAGGUGAUCAUUCGACCUCAUCCGAGAACAACAUUGCGUGUACUACUGCGACUACUACAGAUUCUUCUUUCGACCCUUCCGAUUUGUAUCUCAAAGUAAAGAAGAGGCGUGUCAGUCCAGAAUGUGAUGAUGGUGUGAUUAUGGCAAAAGUGCAAAAUUUUCAUGAACAAAGAAAGCGACCUAACAAUGAAUCAGAGGCCGCGCUGUAUGGUAGAUUGGUCAGUGCCACUCUUGAGAGGUUUACACCUCAACAGAGGGCUCUGGCAAGAAUCAAAAUCGAUGAGAUUCUUUUUAACAUUGAGUUUGGAAGUGCAGGAGGUCUUUAGCAGAAUACUGUAGUGAUGGAGAUUUAUCAAUUUAUGUAUAGUGUCACAUUGAAAUUGAGGAUUAAAUUAAGCAUUGUGUGAUAGUUGUACAUGAAGACUUCUAUUGUGUUGUUUUUG